AUGGGGAGCGGCAGCGCCUGGGCACGACCCCCGCUGCUGGCGCUGCUGGCGGGCGCCUGGCUCUGGGUGGGCAGCGGCCAGAGCCCCCCGGGUGGCCCCACGCGCAGCCCCGGCCCCGCGCUGCGCUUCCGCCUGGCCGGCUACCCGCGCAAGCACAACGAGGGCCGUGUCGAGGUCUUCUACAACGAGGAGUGGGGCACCAUCUGCGACGACGACUUCACGCUGGCCAACGCACAUGUGCUCUGCCGCCACCUCGGCUUCGUGGCUGCCACCGGCUGGGCCCACAGCGCCAAGUACGGCAAAGGCGUCGGGCGGAUCUGGCUGGACAAUGUCAACUGCGGCGGGAGCGAGAAGAGCAUUGGGGACUGCAAACACCGGGGCUGGGGCAACAGCGACUGCAGCCACGAGGAGGACGCGGGGGUCGUCUGCAAGGACGAGCGCAUCCCCGGCUUCAAGGACUCCAACGUCAUCGAGGCGGAGCAGAGCCACGUGGAGGAGUUGCGGCUGCGGCCCGUGGGCGCCGGGGCACGCCGGCGGCUGCCCGUCACCGAGGGCAUCGUGGAGGUGCGCUACAAGGGCGGCUGGGCACAGAUCUGCGACGAGGGCUGGGACAGCAGCAACAGCCGUGUGGUGUGCGGCAUGAUGGGCUUCCCUGCCGCCAAGGCAGUCAACAGGAACUUCUACAAGCUGGGCUCCAAGUUCAGCCCCAAGCACAGGCCCAGGGCACACGUAGGGUCCCGGCAGAGGCUGGUGGCGGAGCGGCAGCAGCUCAACUACCGCCUGCACUCGGUGUCGUGUACGGGCACGGAGGUGCACCUCUCGCUGUGCGCGCUGGAGCUGGUGCGCGGCAACGCCUCGGCGCCCUGCGCCGCCGGCAUGCCCGCCGUCGUCAGCUGCGUGCCCGGGCCGCUCUUCGCCGCCGGCGCCCACAAGAAGAAGCCGCGGCAGCAGCAGCAGGGCCAGCCGCGGAUCCGGCUGAAGGGCGGUGCCAAGGUGGGCGAGGGCCGCGUCGAGGUGCUCAAGGGCAGCGAGUGGGGCACCGUGUGCGACGACCGCUGGAGCCUGCAGUCGGCCAGCGUGGUGUGCCGCGAGCUGGGCUUCGGCAGCGCCAAGGAGGCACUCACCGGCGCGCGCAUGGGCCAAGGGACGGGGCCCAUCCACGUGAGCGAGGUGCAGUGCGAGGGCAACGAGACGUCGCUCUGGAGCUGCCCCUUGAAGAACAUCACCGAGGAGGACUGCAAGCACUCGGAGGACGCGGCCGUGCGCUGCAACGUCCCCUACAUGGGCUACGAGGACCUGGUGGGCGCCGUGCGGGGCUGUGGCCGGGCCAGGCCGGUGCCGCUGGUGCCUGUGGCUACCCCAUGUGCGGGGCAGGGAGGGGGACGGCAGCCUGCAGCAGGGCCAGCGCCGUGGGGCUGGGCCGGGCCAGGCCCGGCGCUGACGGCCCCGCGCGUCCCGCAGAUCCGGCUGGCUGGCGGCAGGACAGUGUCCGAGGGCCGCGUGGAGGUGAAGCGUGGCGGCAGGUGGGGCACGGUGUGCAGUGACGGCUGGACCACCAAGGAGGCCAUGGUGGCCUGUCGCCAGCUGGGGCUGGGCUACUCGCUGCACGCCGUGACGGAGACCUGGUACUGGGACGCCAGCAAUGUGACGGAGAUGGUGCUGAGCGGCGUCAAGUGUGAGGGCCACGAGAUGUCCCUGGGCCACUGCCAGCACCACGGCGCCAGCCUGAGCUGCAAGAACACGGGCACCCGCUUCGCCGCCGGCGUCAUCUGCUCCGAGACCGCCUCCGACCUGCUCCUGCACGCGCCGCUGGUGCAGGAGACGGCCUACAUCGAGGACCGGCCGCUGCACAUGCUGUACUGCGCCGCCGAGGAGAACUGCCUCUCCAGCUCGGCCCGCCACGCCAACUGGCCCUACGGGCACCGGCGUCUGCUCCGCUUCUCCUCCCAGAUCCACAACAACGGCCGCGCUGACUUCCGCCCCAAGGCCGGGCGCCACUCGUGGGUCUGGCACGAGUGCCACCGGCACUACCACAGCAUGGACGUGUUCACGCACUACGACAUCCUGACCCCCAACGGCACCAGGGUGGCCGAGGGCCACAAGGCCAGCUUCUGCCUGGAGGACACCGAGUGCGAGCAAGACGUGGCCAAGCGCUACGAGUGCGCCAACUUUGGCGAGCAGGGCAUCACGGUGGGCUGCUGGGACCUCUACCGGCACGACAUCGACUGCCAGUGGAUCGACAUCACCGACGUCAAGCCGGGCAACUACAUCUUGCAGGUCGUGAUCAACCCCAACUUUGAGGUGGCGGAGAGCGACUUCACCAACAACGCCAUGAAAUGCAACUGCAAGUACGACGGGCACCGCAUCUGGGUGCACAGCUGCCACAUCGGGGACGCGCUCAGCGAGGAGGCCAGCAGGCGCUUCGAGCAGUACCCGGGGCAGCUCAACAACCAGAUCUCGUAGCGCCCGCCCAGGA